GGUUUGUUGGACUACGGGUGGGAAAACAACAGCUGGCUGCAGCAGCAUAGGACGGACAGGGCCUUUCUGCACUGCGCCGUCUCAUUCAUAUUUCUGUUGGCUAAAAGAAAUUUGGUAAUAUAAGCAUUCAAACAUGCAGAGAAGAGUGAUGACGCUGUGUUCGUGUCGCUGGUUGUUGUUUUUCGGCGGUUUGCUGUGUGGAGUUUGGGCUGACGGCUUGGUGAAUGAGGAGGUGAAGCGGACGGUGGAUCUCGGCUCGCACCUCGCUAAAAUAUCCGCAGAAAUCCUCCUGGCGAACCACGGGAACUCCGCAGCGCAGAGCUUUAUCCUCGCCCUGGAGCCCGAACUCGCUCCACACCUCGCCUACGUCGGAGCGUCCGUAAAAGGUGAAGAGGAGGAAGAUGAAGCUUUAGAAUUGAAGGAGACGACCAUUAAAGGACAGAGCGGGAAGUUCUUCCAGGCACAGCUGCCCUCUGCUCUGGCAGCCGGCGCUAAGCUGCGUGUGAAGGUGGAGACGGUGUUCAGCCACGUGCUCACUCCUUUCCCCACUCACAUCACGCAGGCCGAGAGGCAGCUGGUGGUGUUCCAGGGCAAUCACUACCUGUAUUCGGCGUAUCCUACCCGUAGCCAGACCACCCGCGUGCGCCUCGCCUCCAAAACCGUCGAGAGCUACACCAAGCUUGGCAACCCGAGUAAAAACGAUGAGGUGAUCGAGUACGGCCCUUUCAAGGACGUCCCUGCAUUCAGUCAGGACACCAUGAAGAUCCACUAUGAGAACAACAACCCAUUCCUCACCAUCAGCAGCAUCACACGCACCAUCGAGGUUUCUCACUGGGGCAACAUCGCCGUGGAGGAAACUAUCGACCUGAGACACACAGGGGCUUACCUGAAGGGACCGUUCUCUCGCUACGACUAUCAGAGACAGUCUGACAGUGGCAUCUCCUCCAUCAAAUCCUUCAAGACGAUCCUCCCUGCCUCUGCCCAAGACGUGUACUACAGGGAUGAGAUCGGGAACAUCUCCACCUCGCACCUGCAGGUCCUGGAAGACUCGGUUGAGGUCGAAGUCCGUCCUCGCUUCCCCCUGUUCGGAGGGUGGAAGACGCACUACAUCAUCGGCUACAAUCUGCCCAGCUACGAGUAUCUCUACACCUUGGGUGAUCAGUAUGCUUUGAAAAUGCGCCUGGUCGAUCACGUGUAUGAUGAUCAGGUUAUCGACCAACUUACCGUCAAACUCAUUCUUCCAGAAGGAGCAAGGAAUGUGCAUCUGGAGACUCCAUACCCCAUCGAGCGGAGUUCUGACCAGCUGCACUACACCUACCUGGACACCUUUGGCAGGCCUGUUCUGGUGGCCACUAAGAAAAACCUGGUGGAACAGCACAUUCAGGACAUGGUGGUUCACUACACCUUCAAUAAGAUCCUGAUGCUGCAGGAGCCUUUGCUGGUGGUCGGAGCAUUCUACAUCUUGUUCUUCACCGUCAUUGUUUACGUUCGUCUGGACUUCUCCAUCACCAAGGACCCUGCAGCAGAGGUACGGAUGAAAGUGGCCUCCAUCACAGAGCAGGUCCUGACUCUGGUCAAUAAGAGGCUCGGACUGUACAGACACAUGGAUGAGGUAGUGAACCGCUACAAGCAGUCACGUGACACCGGUGCCCUCAACGGGGGUCGCAAGCAUUUGGAAGCCGAGCAUCGCACCCUCACUAAUGAUAUCACUGGCCUGCAGGCCCGCCUUAAAUCUGAAGGAUCUGACCUGGCUGAGAAGGUGGCAGAGAUCCAGAAGCUGGACGGCCAAGUGAAGGAACUGGUGUUGCAGUUCUGUCAGGAGUCUGAGCGCCUCGUGACAGGGAAGAUGAAGAAGGACGCAUAUGUUACGUCUGAGAAAUUGCUGACCGGCAAGAGACAGGAGCUGAUCUCGCGCAUCGACGGCCUCCUCGACGCUCUCUAAAGCACACGAGACGCAUGCUGUGCCGUUACGCACCUAGAUACACCCCCAUGCCCUCUCAUCCACACACACUCACGUUUAACCUGCGUGACCACUACCGGCCACCUUACAGUGUGUGUUGUGCCUUUUUCAUCCUAUAGGCUGUGUAAGAAGGGUGUGCACAUACACAUUUACUCAUCUGUCAAAGAUUUUCCUUUGUUUCUCAUCGCCAGGGAAAUGCCUCAAGUCCUGGGUUUUAUAUGCAGUUUUGUCCAUUUCACGUUUUGUUUGUUUUUUGUGAUGGGAUCCUUUCAGGAGAGAGCUGUUUUUUUGUCAUAUCUCCUGAAAUACUUCUGUCCUUCUGCAUUCUUGGCACUUGAUCUGUUAUCUAUGUUCUUUCUUCUGCCCUGAAACAAAUCCAAAAAUACUGAAGCUCUGAGCAGCACGGUUGUGAAAAUUUCUUCCCUAUUUUUUUUUUUUUUUUUUUUGUAUAAUUUUCCAUUUUUGUAAAUGAUGUGGUUUCAUACCAUGAGUUUAGUGGAUGAACACAAGAGACGUGUGUGUUGAGGAUGAAGGAAAUGUCCAAAAUUUGAAAAUUGAAAAUAAACACGUUGUUAUAAAUUA